AUGGCCGCCGCGACCUCGAAGCCCCCCACGCUCGAUCUAGAUGCUCUGAUUCAGAGUCUCCCCGCAUGCAAGCGAUGCCGAGAGUGUCGCCGCGGAUGCGAUACCUUAUUGCCCAAGUGCAGGCAAUGCACCAAAGCCGGCGUCGAAUGCAUGUUCUACGACCACGGGCGCAAUCAGCUGCUACCGCGAAGCUACAUCAGCGAGCUAGUAGAUCGUGUGCGCAAUUUGUCCAGUGGCCAUGGGUCGCCAGCAACAUCCGGCGGGCUCACGGACAAUGGCGCCUUUGCGACACACGUCAAAACAGAAUUCAUCGCUUCUGAAGUUCCUCGAUACGAACAUCACUUCGCCGAGGCGGGAAACAGUUAUCGAUACCUUGGCGCCGAAUCCUGUCUUCUCAAAUCCCCCAGACUACACACUGCGCACGAAAAUCGUGCCGUGCAGACUGACGAAGAGCUUGACGACUGGCACUACAGCAACAAAGAUUCGCCCGAGAAGCAGUAUGAGCUGGUGCAACUCUAUCUCGAAACUGUGCAACCUAUAUAUCCAAUCCUGGAUUCAUCGCUCCGUUAUCUCGGACCUGACGUACCUGGUGACCUAACGGACACCGAGAAGUUCUCGUUGCUCACGUACCACCAGGCCAAUUCCAUUAGAUACCGGGCUCUCGCCACUCAGUACUUUGCAGAUGCUAUGGAACACCUCGAGUUAGCAACGAUGGAGCCAAACAUCGACACCAUCCGGUCGGUUCUACUACUCGCUAUCAACAGCUCAUUUGACCCAAUAGCUGGCAACAUUGGCCAGCAAAUAGCUCUCGCAGGCCGUCUUGCAUUCGACCUUGAGUCAAAAAGAGCGUUACAAGAGCUUGAUCCCGACGAUGUCCAACUACUGCGAGCCAUGCACAUGACCAUAUUCUGCCUUGAGAACCAGAUUGCAUCUACACUGGAUAGACCUGCAUUGUUUCCGGAGCCGGAUGAAGAAAUGUGUUUUGACAAAGAGAAGCCCGCGGAAUACCUCUGCUCAUUAUAUCGCAUGCAAAAUCGCUUCCGCAAAGGCGACCACAUCGCCAAGGAGAACGUCAAGAAGCUGUUACCGCUCUUUGACGAGAGAGACGAGCUGCUCCCUGUCAUACGCAUUACCUUACACAUAACACACUUGUUGCUGAAUCCUUGUUGGGGGAGUGCAUGGCAUGUGCUAGAGGCUGUAGUGAGUUUCGGCGGCAUCCAUGUCUUCGUCACGCCACAUUGGGUAUACCGAGCAGGCACAGUGCUCAUACAGAACAUGCCGGCAAUCUUUGGCGGGAACCUUAUCCAGUUGUACUCCAACGCGCUCCUCGUUCUCGAGCUCUCUUCCUGGAGGUGGCCAAGCUCCGCUGCCCUCUCAGCCUCCCUAGUCGAUCUCAUGCAACACAUGAAAACGAAGUAUAGACCAGACUGGUCCGACAAACUUCAACAAGGCGACGUAAGAAUAUGA